UGUGAUGCUCUAACAUGGCAACGUGGCCACAAUGGCGCGGCCUGGUUGCAGCCUCGACACCUCGUAGCAUCGCGAAAUGACGGACGCGUAGCGUCCAAAGAGUUCAGAGUGGCAGAAGUCUGUGCAACGCGACUCAAACAUCGCCGCACUGCAGUUUUCUCUCAUGAACAAAAUCGUUUUUCCAUCGUGAAAGCUGCGUUACGAUUGUGAUAGACCGUAACUCGCCGCACUCAGCAUUGCGUCCAUCUACAUGCCGUAUUUCUGCUGAUCCCCAGAGAAUUAUCCAUUGUUUCAGUUAAACAGCGCCCAAUCGUGCUCCGAAACAAAGGCCUAGGAACAGAAGCUUAUCGUAAAUCAAAAUGACAAAAAUCCGAAGAAUCUGCUGUAUCGGAGCCGGUUACGUGGGUGGCCCUACGUGCAGCGUUAUUGCAUUGAAAUGUCCGGAAAUUCAAGUGACUGUCGUUGAUAAGAGCAAGGAGAGAAUAGCGCAGUGGAAUUCACAAAAGUUGCCGAUAUACGAACCGGGCUUGGACGAAGUGGUACGAAAAUGUCGUGGGAAAAAUUUGUUUUUCUCCACCGAUAUUGAGACAGCGAUCAAGGAGGCCGAUCUGAUAUUUAUUUCGGUGAACACGCCGACGAAGACCUUUGGCAACGGCAAGGGAAGAGCAGCGGACUUGAAAUACGUGGAAAGCGCUGCCAGAAUGAUCGCGGAAGUUGCAACUGGAGAUAAGAUUGUGGUAGAAAAAAGUACCGUACCGGUAAGAGCGGCCGAGAGUAUCAUGAACAUCCUUCGUGCUAAUCACAAGCCGGGUGUCUCCUAUCAGAUUCUUUCAAAUCCGGAAUUUCUGGCUGAAGGAACCGCUAUAGAAGAUCUGGUCAACGCAGAUCGAGUGUUGAUUGGCGGAGAGUCUUCGCCAGAAGGACAGGCAGCUAUCGAAGAACUUUGUAAAGUUUACGAACAUUGGAUUCCAAGAGAAAAUAUUUUAACAACUAAUACAUGGAGCUCAGAACUGUCGAAGCUAGCUGCAAACGCUUUCCUCGCUCAGCGCAUCUCCAGUGUAAAUUCGUUAUCAGCAGUGUGUGAAGCUACGGGUGCCGACGUAUCCGAAGUCGCACGAGCAAUCGGGCUUGAUUCUCGAAUCGGUUCAAAAUUUCUUCAUGCGUCGGUCGGUUUUGGAGGUUCCUGCUUCCAAAAAGACAUUCUAAAUUUAGUAUAUAUUUGCGAAUGCUUAAAUCUGCCCGAAGUGGCGGCAUAUUGGCAACAGGUGAUUGAUAUGAACGAAUAUCAGAAGUCAAGAUUUUCUGCGAAAGUUAUAGAAUCUCUCUUUAACACUGUGACGGACAAGAGGAUUGCCAUGCUGGGUUUUGCCUUCAAGAAAAAUACAGGAGAUACGCGUGAAUCACCAGCAAUUCACGUCGCCAAGACGUUGUUGGAUGAAGGCGCUGUUCUUCACAUUUAUGAUCCCAAGGUUGAAGAAACUCAAAUCAUUCAAGACUUAACUCAUCCAAACAUAACGAGCAAUCCUGAAAAUAUAAAAAGUCGAAUCAGUAUUUAUAAAGAUGCUUAUAGCGCAACGAAGAAUACACACGCGAUAGUUUUAUGUACAGAAUGGGACGAGUUUAUCGAACUGGAUUACACUCAGAUUUAUGCAGAUAUGAUGAAACCAGCGUAUAUUUUCGACGGAAGGAAGAUUUUGAAUCACGAUCGGUUACAAAGGAUCGGUUUUGUUGUUCAAACUAUCGGUAAAAAACUCACGAGAUCCGCAAUUUCGAGAGCGUGGGGUAGUCAGACACAAGUUUAAGAAAAAACGGACCAAACUAUAAGCAAUACCUCCAAUUUAAGAAAAAACAUCAACAAUUAUUGCAAUUUUUGUUGAGUUAAUCCAAUCAUAUUGAUGCAUUUGUAAAACGUAGAAAUUAAAUUUUACUAUUUUAACUGUUUUUAAUUUUAAUUUGAUUCAGAUCACAUGUGAUGUACGCGGUAUCGCCUAAAAAGAAAUAUUAUGAAAUCUUUUGAGUUCUCGUAUCGUAUUAUCUAUUUAGAUAUCAAUUUCAACAAAACUAAAUCAAAUGCAUCAAAUAAAGAGUACGUAUGCACUGUCAAAUCGCAGUAAAAUACUGAUAAAUUUGAAGUGCUAUGAAUUUACAUAGAUUUUAUUUGUUUCUUUUUAUUACAAUUAUUUUAACAAUUUUAAUGGCAUUUUA